AUGAAGGAAGCAGAAAUAGCGUACGAAGAGAAGAUUUUGGGCCUGGAGAGCGAACAAUCCGGCCAAAUGGUGCUACCGACAACUGAACAAGUUUGCGAAAUUUCAUUGAAUACGUUCCGACAAGAAAAAAAAAAUGAAGGUAAAAGAAUGGCACUCUCUAGCUAUCGACUUUUGGACUCGAUUGGCUCAAGCACGCACUAUCGAUGCCGCUUUCCAUGAUGAACUUUGCCGUCACUUCAAUUUCGUAAAAGAGCGUUUCGACUUUUAUCUGAUUCACGCGAAUGACGACCCCGAGAGGGUUGGUUUUUAAACAUUUUCUCCUAUUUUUGAAGCAAGAUGAGCAGAUUGUCAAUAAUGAAGCGUUGGGUUACGCAACGCGGCUUUUCUGCUUUUCUGACAGUUUUUCAUUUAAUUAUAUUUUUAUGGAAGAAAUUCAGUAGAACUUUUUAGAAGUACAUAUGGAAAAAAAUUCAUUUUUUUAAACUUUUUAUCGGGGUUACGCUUGCCAGUCUGCAGAUCUAACUUUCCAAUUCGGAAAAAUUGACUAUACCCUAUUCAUAUCAGAAACUUCCGAAUAAUUUUUUUCAUUAUUUUUUUCAGAAACACACCCAUUAUAUCGUCCAGUCGAUUCUAACUAUAUUGAAAGAAAACGAGACGACAUUGUGUCGAAUAACUAAAGAUCCCAAACAACGGUGGAAAAACUUCAAAAGAUACCACGCAAGAUGGGAGCGUAAAAUUGGCCUGAAUUUUCCAACCAGAGAAGUCAUUAGGGCUGCUUUUCAAGCGGUGAUAGCCAAUCUCGAGGAGCGGCUGCACAUGGUUGAAUCCGCCAAAAUGGAAUCGAAUGAGCUCAGCAGAGCUCUCGAGAACUUUUUGGAGGAGAGAAAGUGGCAUCCUUUUGAACCUGAGGUAUGGCACAUCGAGAAAAUUUAUUCAAACUUGUUGAAAAUUUUUACGGUUUGACUCGAAAAAUCAAGAAACUGUUCCAAAAAGUUUUUUUCAUAGCGUUUAAAUUUUUUUGCAAAAAGUCGUGUCGUAAGAAACAACAAGAAAUAGUAAAAUUAUAAUCUUAAUACAUUUUUUUAAUUUCAGACGUUUGACGAAGGGCUUGAGGAGGAAGAUCAAUCUUCUCAGAUUGUCAAACUUUUGACAUCGUACGGUCAAGAAUCUCAGGCGAUCCAUACGGACGAACCAAUUCAAAAACGAACAAAGGUGCAAAAAACAGCUGAUGAUAUUUCAUAAAUUUGAAUUCGCAGUCAUCCCGAUAUAAACAGAAUUUAUUUUAGCUCGAGACAAACUUCAAAACAUUAUUUUUGGAAGAUCGCGUCGAGAAUGACUCGAAAACAGAAGUUCGUUGAUUUUUGUUAAAAGAAAGAAAACUAUUUUGAAGAGCUUUACUCCCUGCACCGACGGUUCACCAGAAGCUGCAGACUAUGAUGAUCUCCCAGAAUGUGUUGAUGAACUAAUUGCACCUACGAGUGAAACAGUAAGUUUUUUUAAUUUUUUGGCUGACGAAAACAAUUUUCUUUUUGCUAUUCAUCAGUAGCAUGGAUUUCUUUUGAAAACCACAGUUAUUUCAGAUUAACAAAAUACCUUGGGAGCCUCAUACCGUGGAAGUGCAAGAUCGUAUCGAGAAGAAAUCUGCCGGAGAAGUUUGUAGAUUUUUGAAAAAAAGUGUAAAUUAGUUUUUAAGGUUUUGAUUCUUUCCACGGAAGACUCAGAGGAAACUGCUGAUUACGAAGAUCACACCGAGUCAGCAGUUAAUGAUUUCCAAGUACAACACUUGGAGGUUUUUGAAACCUGGAAAGAAGUUUUUUUUUUCAAUAUUAAAAUUCAGAAACAAAACGAAGCACAUCAGACCACAGUUGCAUCUUCCAUUGAAACAGUAAGUUUUUUAACCUUUUGGCUAGAGAAAUCAAUGUCACUUUUGCUAUUAAUCCGUAGCAUGGAUUAACUUUAAGAACAUCAAGAAUUAUUUAAGAUUGACAAAGAAACUCGGGAGCCUCAUACCAUGGAAGUUGAAGAUCGCAUCGAGGGAAAAUCUACCGGAGAAGUAUGUACAUUUUUUAAAAAGUGCAAAUCAAUUUUUAAGGUCUUGAUCCUUUCCACGGAUGAUCCUAGAGAGGCUGCCAAUUUCGAAGAUCUCACGAAGUCAGUUGAUGAUUUCCAAGUAGAAAAUUUUGAGGUUUUGAAGUUCUGGGAAGAGUUCUUUUUUUCAAAUAUAAAAUUUCAGAAACAGAACGAAGUACAUCAGGCAGCGAUUGAACCUUUGAGCGGAGCAGUAAGUUUUUUAACCUUUUGGCUAGCGUGGAAGAUGUUACUUUUGCUAUUGAUCCGUGACAUGGAUUAUCUUUGAGAAGAAAUUGAGAAUUAUUUAAGGUGGACAAAAUACCUCGGGAGCCUCAUACAAUGGAAGUGCAAGAUCUCGACGAGGUGAAAUAUCCCGGAGAAGUAUGUCAAUUCACGAAAAAAAGUGCAACUUAAUUUUUAGGGUUUGAUUCUUUCCACGGAAAACUCAAAGGAAAUUGCUAAUCACGAAGAUCACAUGGAGUCAGCGGUUGAUGAUUUCCAAGUACACACUUUUGAGGUUUUGAAUUUCUGGUAAGAAGUUUUUAUUCAAUUUUUAAAUUCAGGAACAAAAUGAAGUUCAUCAGGCAGCAAUUGAACCUUUGAGCGGAGCAGUGAGUUUUUAUGUGGUUUUUUUUCUCAGAUAGUAAACGCAAAGUUUGUAUACUACUGAUCAGUAGCAUGGAUCAGUUUUGAACAAUUUACGGCUAAUUAAGAUUGGAAAAGUGCCUUGGGAUCCUCAUACCGUGGAAGAGCAAGACUGCGUCGAGGAGAAGUAUAACGGAGAAGUUUGUCGACUUCCGAAAAGAAAAAAAAUUUAAACUUAACUUCAAGGUUUUGACUUCCUCCACUGAUGAUUUAAUGGAGACUAACGAAAUUCAUCCAACUGCGGUAUUGAAAUCCGAGAAAAAUAUGAUUAUAUCAAAAUUCAGGAAGUGGAUGCCCUCACCGAGGUCUUCGAUCCAAGGAUUGAAGAUAAUGACUAA